AGUAUAUCCAACAUCACCCGAUGUGCGGAUAUGGAUCGACUAAACUGAAACUUAGUGUGAGUAAUGUGAAACUUACAACAGUUAAAGUAAUAAAGACAUUUUACUGUACGUACCACAACUUUCGUGCAGUUUCAGAAUAAACAAAACCGAAACCUAAGAGUUUAUAAGCCGGUCAGCAUCUCAGCUCAUCCACAGCAGUGCCGUUGGUGAACUGAGUGAGUAGCCUACCUACUUCCUUCUGUCUUCUAUAUAUAUAUGUAUAUGUGUGUGUCUGUUCUCUCUUUCUACAAGUAUUUUAUAGGAAAGCUGAAAAAUGUUUUGUUUACAUCUACGUCUGGUGACUGGGCAAAUCAUUGACUCAUUAAACAUUUUAAAAAUGAAUGUAUGUAUAAUGGUUUUGUCGGCAGAAUGCGUUAAUUAAACAAUAUCACAUGAGCAACUGUAUGAUAGGCACCUACUAGGAAGAUUACAGAUGUGAAAUUGCUUUUAUAAAACCGUUUAAUAAACGACAAAGUAACAUACAGUAAUUUACGUUUCAUCAGGCUUUUGGGGGUUGCCAAGCCAAAUUGGGUAUGGAAUGUAGCGGUGCGACAGAAAUUUCCUUCUUCCGCUAUAUAAACUGCUUAUACCAGUCGUACAAGUUAGUGUUGGUGUUCAAUUUACAGCUGCCCUGGUGAAAAAAACAGCAUAUGCUGGUCAGAGUAUAAUUUUUCAUCCACGUUAAUCUCACACUUGUCUAGUACAAAUAUGUCGCUUUGUUUCAUAAUUACAGUGUAUACGUUUUUCGUUAUUUAAAGAAAAAAAAAAAAAAAAAAAAAAAAAAACGUUUUUCGUUAUUUACCUCAAAAGACAGGAAGUGAAAAGUGACAACAUGCCCCGUAUGUGGGGUACAAGGUAACAUGUGAGGGAUACGUUGGAACAUGACCAUAUGACAGCAUAAAAUGUUAUCUGAUCAAAUGAAAAAAUAUACACGACAAACUAAAAUAUUUUGUCAAUAAAAUAAAAUGAUUAACUUUUUCAAAUUAAAUAAUGGCGUUUUUUAAGAAUUAAAAAACAUCUAAUUUUUGAGGUUCACAAUGACCACAUCACAACCACGCGUGGGACGGCCCUGAGCGCAAAACACAGCUAUAGUUCAAAACAAUGUGGGCAAAUAGAUGAAGCACAUUCAGACAUUAGAAAAACGCUCCCUCCCUCCAAACACAGCUCUCAUAGAACACCAGACACUUAAAUGAGCCAAAAUGCUUUACAUUUCUUGAAAUAAUAAUUUCUCAACAUUACAUCGAUUGUCAGGCUUUAUUCACCUGUUUCUUGUGGUUUCUUAUUAAAAUCCAUAAAACUAAAUAGUGAAAAUGACAUCGCUAAUGUCAUAGAAUAGCAUAGUUUAAUAGCGGGCAGAUUGUAACGCAGUGUUACAACCAAGCGGCAACCUCCCGCUCUCUCAUGGAAGUGACUUAAACUGCAAUUCAUCAAAUGGCCGCUAGAGACUGGCUCCAAAAGGGAGUCAAUCCCAUAGACUCCCCAUGUUAAAAUGCCCAACUCUGGGGGAUUUUUUUUUUAUAACUCAUCCGUUUAAAUUAUAUUAAACCUUAAAGUUCUGCAUAAUUUAGGGCGUGGCCACUUGAGUGACAGGUGGAUUGCCGCUGCUGUCACCACCGUCGCGCUAGCAACCAGCUCCACCCACGUCCCGCCUCUUUGCCCAUUUUCGAUUAUCCGGGAGUGACGUGCAGUGACGCGAUUCCAAGAUGGCGAUGGUCGACUCCCGCCCACUAAGAGCUUCAAAAAAAUGCUCUUCAGAAACCUACGGGUGACGUCACGGACACUACGUCCAUAAAUAACAGAUUGGCGAUUAAAGUAAUAGCAUAUUUGUCUCAUUUUAAAUGAAUACUAAAAACUGAGAUGAAAAAUUAACAUCAGCCAGAAAUUUACUUUUACUAUUGUAAAAUAAAUAUUCAGCGAUAUCUUCAAAAGGCUUUUGAAUUUUGGCACACUUUUUUUCUCUGUAUUGUGUUGCUAUGGCAACUAGCAAAUACCAUAAAUUUGGUUAUGCUGGCGUGUGUGGAAAUAUAUAAAUCAUGUGUUACAAUUAGCCCCGCGUUAGUAUCUUUUCCCCAGCGAAACCCCUAUCUUUCACUGUCUUCCAUUUCCCACAAUCCUGUGCGUGUGCUUCAUAUAGGCUAAAAAAGAUAUUCUGGUGAAAUUAAACUUGUUACUUUAGAUGAGAUCUUGACCAUGGUAUACUUUAUGAAUAGUAGUAGUGUAAAAAGCAUAAUAAAUAAUGUUGUUUGUAAUAAUAGCAUUUUAUAAAAAUGUUAAAAGGGUUCAUGUGAGCAGUAAAUAAGAAUAAUAUUUACAAUAUGUCACCAAUAAUAACGAAACAGCCACUAAUAACAAUGACCCCAGAUAGCACACGUACGUCUGCAAGAUGUCUGUUAAAGAUCUCUUGAUCUGGAAAGCAUCUGCUGUGUACAGACGUCUGGCAGAUGUCUGUAAGAUGUCAGUUUUACAUACAUUCUAAAUCAAAAACAUCUUAAAGACAUCUAAUAGACGUCUAUUUGACAUGUGAUAGAAAAAUUCUUUUUGGAAUCGAUUCCCAGCCCUACUUCGCAGUCUUCGAAGUCAUUGCCUGAUAGGGCAGCGAGGCAGCAAGUCAGCUGCCUAGGCUGGAUGCAGCCGUAGUCAAACCAAACGUAGCGGGAUCUUUUUGUCUAUAUAUAUGAAUGAAUCUGCAUUUUUGAAUAAUCUAGUGAGUCAAUGAUUUAAUCACCCAUUGACAGUCACUUGCUUCCUUCCUGAACGAAUCAGCUGUUUGAACGAAUAGAUUGAAUGAACCAGUGACAAAGACACUUGCCGCCACCUACUGGCCCUUUUAUUUUUAUUUUAAAGUAUAAUUUCAGAAAAUUCCCAGCUUACAAAUUGUAAUUAGGAGUUUUACAAGGACGUGAAUGCUUUUUUUGUAUCUUGUAACUACGGCAAUUACUACAUGGUGUGAACGCACCUUUAUUUUACCUGUACAAAAACAGUACAUUAGCUGCUUGAAAUUGUGAACAGGUAUUUGUUAUCAUAUUAGUAUAAUUUAUUAUGGUAUUUAUAGACUCAGUGACCACUCACUUACCAUUUAACGUUACUGCACUUUAUUUUUCUGUAGCGACUAAUGAAUCAGAACUCACAUGAAAAUAAUUUUUUUUCUGUUUUGCAAAGUAAGAUUGAUAUAAGGUGUAGCAUGAUUUAUAGGACUUUAUUGCUUAAAAUAAUUGUCAUAUAACAUAAGGUUGGCUCUUGGUCAUAUUUUGCAGACAGAGUUCAGACAUGUCUCACUCCAAUUCUUCAAAGGGAAAGAGUAGUGGUCUGAACCAGCAUUAUGAAGACAAGGUGCGUCCGUGCAUCGACCUAGUGGACUCUCUCAGGUCAUUAGGUGUUGAAAAAGACCUGAACCUGCCAGCUAUUGCUGUCAUAGGUGACCAGAGCUCAGGAAAGAGUUCUGUAUUGGAAGCCCUGUCUGGAGUGGCCCUGCCUAGAGGAACAGGUAUUGUGACACGAUGCCCUCUGGUACUGAAACUGAAGAAAAUUGCAAAGGACAAUAAGUGGCAUGGAGUGUUGUCAUAUAGGAAACAAGAAAAGAAACUAAAAGACCCAGCAGAAAUAGAAAAUGCUGUCUUAAAUGCUCAGAUAGCAUUGGCUGGAAAGGGUGAAGGGAUCAGUCAUGAGAUGAUCACUCUGGAGAUCCAGUCCAGUGAUGUUCCUGACCUCACUCUCAUUGACCUGCCAGGCAUUGCCAGAGUUGCCACUGGAAACCAGCCAAUGGACAUUGAGCAACAAAUAAAAAGUCUAAUUGAAACGUUCAUUAAAAGACAAGAGACCAUCAGCUUGGUUGUGGUGCCUGCAAAUAUUGACAUUGCUACCACUGAGGCUCUGCGGAUGGCAUCCAAAGUUGAUUCAACAGGACAAAGAACUUUGGGUAUUCUGACUAAGCCAGACUUAGUGGACAAAGGCAUGGAGCAGACAGUGGUCAGAACAGUCAAUAAUCAAGUAAUACCACUGAAGAAGGGCUACAUGAUUGUUAAGUGCAGAGGCCAGCAAGACAUCAAUGAGAAACUUGAUCUGGUCAAAGCUCUGGAAAAAGAAAGACAUUUUUUUAAUGAAAAUUCUCAUUUUAGGUCCCUUCUUGAAGAUGGAAAAGCUACAAUACCCCUUCUUGCAGAAAGACUCACAAAAGAACUGGUUGAACACAUUACUAAAACGCUGCCACAGCUGCAAAAACAACUCGAGACGAAAUUAGAGAAGACGUCUGAGGAUCUUAAAGCACUAGGAGAUGGAGUUCCUCUUGAUGAAAAUGAGAAGACCAAUUUUCUGAUUAUGAAAAUUCGCCAGUUCAAUGACGCCCUUGAAGGAGUGAGGAGGGCAGAAGAAGAUCUAAAAAACUCAGACACAAGGGUCUUUUCCAAAAUCAGAUGGGAAUUUGGAAAAUGGAAACUCGCCCUGGAUUCCAAAGCAAUUAAGACGGAGGAAAUCCUCAGAGAUGAGGUGGAGGAGUAUGUUAGGACUCGUAGAGGAAAGGAGCUUCCUGGAUUUGUGAACUACAGAACCUUCGAGAACAUUGUCAGGAAACAUGUUGAGGAGCUAGAGGAGCCUGCUUUAAAGAUGCUCAGAGAAAUCAAAGAAAUUGUUCACGCCUGUGUGGAGCGUAUAGUUAACUCUCAUUUUAAUGCCUUCUCUCACCUGCUGAGAGCUGCGAAAGAUCCAAUUGAAGAUUUUCUCGAUGAGCAGUUUCAGAAAGCUGAGGGGAAAAUACAUUCUCAGUUUAAGAUGGAGAAAAUUGUCUACUCACAAGACUGUCUCUACAGUCAACAGCUAACCACUGUAAAACAGAAAUCCUCAACAGGUUAUGGGCUAAAGGCAUCAUCCGUCAAUGCAGAUGUGCGUGAGAUGGCAUACCAUCUCACCUCCUAUUUAAAGAUUACCUGUGACCGUCUGGCUAAUCAAGUUCCGCUGAUAGUCCAGUACCACAUCCUGGACCAGUACAUCUCUCAGCUUCAGAAUGCAAUGCUUGCCAUGAUUGGAGGGAACAGUCCAGAAAAGCUGCUCCGAGAAGAUUCUGGUGUUGCACGUAAAAGGAAGGAACUAAAAGAGAGACUGGAACGCCUGAAAAGUGCAGGCAAAGUCCUGUCCAAGUUUGUGCAUGCUGCCUAAUUGUGGGUAGCACUUCACAGCAAGAAGGUCUCUCGACUUGAGUCUCAGCUGAGCCAGGAGGCAUGUCAAUGGCAUGUUCUCCUCAUGUUGCUGGGUUUCCUCCAGGUCCCCCACAAGUCAAAGCUUUGCAAGUGAAGUCAAUCAGAAAAAACGAAAUAACCCCCAUAGUGCGAGUGUGAAUAUGUAUGUCUGUGUGUGUUUGCCCUGUGAUGGACAGGUCAACCAUUCUUAGUGAUCCCUGCAACCCUACAUUGGACAAGUGGUUUAGAGAAUAGAUUAAUGUUGGAUCUUUAUAGUGGAAAUCUUGUUCCUUCAAUAUGAAUACCAGUUUCUUGACUGUUCCUUUAGUUUGAAGUCAGCAUGAAAUCAAAAUUGCCUCUAUUUAUUUUCUUAUUGCAUGGUCUUCAGACUUUAUGUGAAUAUAUUGUUUUGACCUUAACCUUGUGAUUUUUUUAUACAAAAAAUCUAAUUUGUUUGAUUUAGAUUGUAUUUUCACUUGUUUGUGUUGUGUUUUUAUGAGACAUCUGUAUCUGGUUUGUCUGGAAAUAUAGACUGUGGUAUGGACAUUGCAUUUUUUGUUCUCUUUUCCUGUUAUAAGCAUUUGGAAAAUGUUCUUUUUUCUGUUUUAUACCAUUUCAUUAAAAAACACAGUU